AUGACUUGCUGUGCUAGAAAAAAUUCCCGCCUAUUUUUUUGCACCCUUGUAGGAGAAGGUCCGAAUUGACGCACUAUACCCUUCAAGAGGAGCGUUUCUCGCUGGAUCUCAUAGCUGGUGCGUCAGGAUGUCCUCUCACUCAGCGUCAAGCGGCAGAUGUCGGUUCCCGUGUGGGCGUACACAGGAGCCAGCGUUUUGUGAAGCCCCCGACAGCCGACUACUGUAGUUCCGAGUGUUCUCUGUUGACAUUCCAUCGCUUCUUCUCAUUUAUGCAUGUUAUCUUGUGUCGUGAAUGUUGGUGGUAAUCGAAGUGGUUUUUCGUAGGUGCUUUUGUCUUCAAUGGGCCGAUCCGACAUGAAAGAAUCCAAAAUGAAGCGACUAUGUACCAUCCCUCACUACUAUACAUCCGCAUAAAAAAUACUUGGUGGAUGGGUGCAUUUCUGUUUCCCAUCCGGAGAGUAUCGUAGCCCCUCCCUUGUCACCCGUUGGUCAGCGUGUCAGCAGGGUCCAUGCUAAACGUGAGGACACAUGUACAUUCUCACCCAAUUUUAUUAUUGUUAGGAAUCCUGCAGUCCCGAUUCUUCAACGGCCACUUGUCCGUGUGUUGUGAUUUCCUUCUCUACGCACC